UUUGGGACCCUGAACCUUCAAUCAAGUUUCAUCUUUUUCUUGAUAAACAUUGCACUAAGUAUGACUGAAAGUACUUCCAGUGCUACUGCUCCAACUGUUCAGCCUUGGGAAAAUUCCUCUAGCCCUUAUUUUCUAUCCAGUGGUGAUAAUCCUGGUAUUUCAUUGGUGGUUCAACCUCUCACUGAGGAGAAUUAUAGCACCUGGAGUAGGGCAAUCCUCAUUUCUCUAGAUGCCAAGACCAAACUAGGAUUCAUUGAUGGUUCUAUUCCCAAACCUUAAUCUGUUGAUCAUCCCUAUUACAGAGCUUGGUGUAAAUGUAAUAGCACAGUCUUGGCUUGGCUGUUUAAUUCUGUCUCCAAGGAUUUACAACCAAGCAUAGUCUAUUUCAAGACUGCCAGAGAUGUGUGGAUUGACUUACAGUUCAGAUUUGGACAAGGCAAUGGCCCAAGGAUCUUUGAGUUGAGAAAGGACAUUAGUUCUUUGACUCAAGACAAUUUAACCAUCAAUGCAUAUUACACCAAAUUUAAGGGACUUUGGGAUGAAUUUUCCAAUUAUAGGACAUGUACCUGUGGUCAUCAAGUGGAGGAGUGUACUAUGUCUUUUCUGAUGGGGUUGAAUGAGACUUAUGUAGCUGUCAGAGGAUAGAUUCUGAUUAUGGAUCCUGUGCCUCCCUUGAGCAAGGUGUUUUCUCUUAUACUUCAAGAUGAGAAGCAAAGGAAGGUUGGUGCUGCCAAGAAAGUACAACUUGACACAGCAGCUGCUUUGGCAUCAGCAUUAGCAGCAAAGAAUGUCAAGAACUUCAAGAAGGGUAGGCCACAAUGUACUCACUGUGGUGCAAUGGGUCAUGUGGUUGACAAAUGCUAUAAGUUGCAUGGAUACCCUCCUGGCUAUAAGUUCAAGUCCACUAAAGGCCAGGUUGCAGCUACUCUACCACCUUUUGCCAACAAUGUAAUUGUUCCUGAAGAUGAUGCAAGUGGAGGUGUUAGCCUUACUAAGUCAGAAUAUCAACAGUUACUUAGUUUGUUAAACUCCAACUGCCAUUUUGGUACUCAAGGACCUUCUGAGGGAGCUGCAGAUACCCAUCGGGUUGCAAAUAUCAUCACUCAGCCUUCAUUUGAUCUUCAAGGACAUGAGAUAGCAGGUAUAUGGUCUGUUCCCUCUCUUGAAUAUUCAAUUUUUUCUUCUUCCAUCAGUACUUCUCAUAUUCAGUCCACUGAUUGGAUUCUUGACAGUGGAGCCACUGAUCAUAUGAUUCAUUCUUUAGCCUUUUUCACUUCCAUUACUUCUGUUGUACAAAUUUCUGUUAGACUUCCCAAUGGUGACAUGGCCAAAGUUACACAUAUUUGGCACUGUGCAACUAUCUUCUACCUUAGUUCUUGACAAUGUGCUUUGCAUUCCUAGUUUUUCCUUUAAUCUGAUUUCCAUUAGUAAACUGACCCAACAUCCUUCUUGUUGUUGCAUUUUUCUUUCACAAUACUGUUUCAUUCAGGACUUACAGCACUGGAAGAUGAUUGGGUUAGGUAGAAAUCAAGGUGGAUUAUACACAUUGCAAAGCAGCUUGCCAGAUAGUCUACCAUCAUGUGUUUCCAAUGCUCUUUCCAAGCUUUCACCUUC